AUGGUAUUGGAACUUAAAGACGAGGUAUGUGCAUUUUUGACUGUCGAGAGGCACGAGUACGCGGCUUUAUUUGCAGAUGAUGAAUGGGUAUGUAAGUUGGCCUAUCUUUCUGAUAUUUUCAUACAAUUGAAUGAGCUAAACAGAAAAAUGCAAGGUAAGAACGAAAAUAUUCUUACUAGUAUGGAUAAGAUUCAAGGAUUUGUGAAUAAGCUAAAUUUGUGGAUACAGAGAAUUGAAAAUGGUUCGUUUGAAAUGUUCUUGACUGUAUGGUCACUUGCUUCCUGUAAUAAAGUGAUGAUGGAUCUAACUAAACAACAUUUACAAAUCCUGCAGCAAAGGUUCAAGAAGUAUUUCGGAGACAGUGUUGAAGAUAUCGACUGGGUUCGUAAUCCAUUCGUUGCGAUUUCAGAAUCUCUACCUAUUCAUUUACAAGAGGAACUCGCGGAAUUAAAAGCAGACAGAACAUUGAAAUUACAACUCUUCGAAGUACCUUUGGAUACAUUUUGGAUGGCAGUAAGGAGUGGAUACCCGGCUACCUCCGGGUAA